GUAAACGCGGGAGGGGAGGUACGGAAGGGGGGAAAGACUCUCCGGUAUCGUUCUUAGUUGCUCGUUGAGUGUACGGCUUUUAGUUGCUCGGUUUUAUUCAGGAAUACUGUGCCUGUCACUCAACGUAGUUUCACGAUUCCAGCUAAAUGACUUUUGUGCCAGUGAUACCGGAGUCCUACAGCCAUGUACUGGCAGAAUUUGAGUCUCUGGAUCCAUUACUUUCAGCCCUGAGGCUGGACUCCAGUCGUCUAAAGUGCACGAGCAUAGCCGUGUCUCGGAAAUGGCUGGCUUUGGGCAGUUCGGGAGGAGGACUCAAUCUCAUUCAGAAGGAAGGCUGGAAGCACAGGCUUUUUCUUUCACACAGGGAAGGUGCAAUCUCUCAGGUUGCCUGUUGUUUACAUGAUGAUGAUUAUGUUGCUGUAGCUACCAGUCAAGGUCUCGUAGUUAUUUGGGAAUUAAAUCAGGAGCGUCGUGGGAAACCAGAACGAAUUUAUGUGUCUUCAGAACACAAAGGCCGAAAAGUUACAGCUCUCUGUUGGGAUACAGCUAUUCUUAGAGUUUUUGUAGGUGAUCAUUUGGGGAAAGUUUCUGCCAUCAAACUCAACACUUCUAAACAAGUAAAGGCAGCUGCUGCUUUUGUGAUGUUUCCUGUUCAGACAAUAACAACAGUUGACUCCUGUGUUGUCCAGUUAGAUUAUUUGGAUGGAAGACUACUUAUAUCCUCACUUACUCGAUCCUUCUUGUGUGACACUGAGAGAGAAAAAUUUUGGAAAAUCGGAAGCAAGGAAAGAGAUGGAGAAUAUGGAGCUUGUUUCUUCCCUGGAAGAUGUUCUGCAGGCCAGCAACCCCUAAUAUAUUGUGCUCGCCCUGGCUCUAGGAUGUGGGAAGUGAACUUUGAUGGGGAAGUUAUAAGCACACAUCAGUUUAAGAAACUCCUCUCGUCACCACCUCUCCCUGUGAUUACUCUAAGAUCUGAACCUCAGUAUGAUCAUACAGUUGGAUCUUCCCAGUCUUUGUCUUUCCCCAAACUCUUGCACCUUAGUGAGCACUGUGUGCUGACGUGGACAGAAAGAGGAAUUUAUAUUUUCAUUCCUCAGAAUGUUCAAGUUCUUCUUUGGAGUGAAAUCAAAGAUAUUCAGGAUGUGGCCGUCUACAAGAAUGAGCUGUUCUGUUUGCACCUGAAUGGGAAAGUCUCACAUCUUUCUCUGUUAUCUGUGGAACGCUGUGUGGAGCGCCUGCUGAGGAGAGGCCUGUGGAACCUGGCGGCUUGCACCUGCUGUCUUUUCCAAAACUCUAUCAUUGCCAGCAGAGGAAGAAAAUCUUUGACUGUGGAUAAGUUGGAGCAUUUGAAAUCUCAGCUGGACCUCACGACCUAUAGUGAUCUGAUUUCUCAACUGGAAGAAUUGAUCUUAAAAUUCGAACCUUUGGAUUCAGCUUGCAGCAGUAGAAGAAGUUCCAUUUCAUCACAUGAAAGUUUCAGCAUCUUGGACUCCGGUAUUUAUCGUAUCAUUAGUAGUAGAAGAAGCAGUCAGUCAGAUGAAGACUCUUGUUCUCUUCACAGCCAAACUCUCUCAGAAGAUGAGAGACUCAAAGAAUUCACCUCACAUCAAGAAGAGGACCAACCGGAUCAGAGUUGGGGCUCACACGGGAAUGAAGGUGAUAACGACAGUGUUUCUCAUGUUCCCGUGACGUAUGAGACAGAUAAGAAUGAAACAUUCCUUCCCUUCAGCAUUCCAUUACCAUUUCGUUCUCCUUCUCCUCUUGUGUCUCUUCAGGCGGUCAAGGAAAGUGUCUCUAGCUUUGUACGUAAAACUACUGAGAAGAUUGGCACCCUUCAUACAGGCCCUGAUUUGAAAAUAAGACCAGAACCCAGGGGUGAUGAGCAGUUAUGUGAAGAGGAUAUGAGUCCAGUCACUUGCCCAAAAGAAGAAGACACUGAGGAGAAAAAAGAAGUAAUUAGUCAACCUCCAGAAGAGGACAAGUUCCAAGACCUCAAAGUAGCAACAGCAGAAGCAAUGACCAAGCUACAGGACCCACUGGUUUUGUUUGAACCCAAGUCUCUGAGAAUGGUUUUACAGGAGUGGCUUUCGCAGUUAGAAAAAACAUUUGCCAUGAAGGACUUUUCAGGCAUUUCAGAUACUGGUAACUCAUCCAUGGCAUCAAACCAGGAUGUGCUAUUGUUUGAUGAGUCAAAAAAGGGAGUAUUAGAUGAAGAUAAUGAAAAAGAAAAAAGAGACUCUUUAGGCAAUGAAGAAACUGUUGAUCAAAGAACAUGUGAAUCUACAAGUAAUCUGAGGGAGCCCUUGGAUCACCUUUUCCAAGUGUGUUCUCCAUGCAGCAUAGCUAACAGUCUUCAGAAGGAUCUGGCUGAAUUGGCAACGUUGUGUUUGGAAUUGAAUGUAUUGAAUUCUGAGACCAAAAGCACAAGUGGACAUGUGGACCACACUUUGCAACAGUACUCUCCUGAAAUCCUGGCUUGUCAGUUCAUAAAGAAGUACUUUUUUGUCCUGGACUUGAAAAGAGCAAAGGAGAGUAUCAAGCUUAGUUACGCUAGAAGUCCUUGUGUUUGGGAUACUUUUAUUGAAGGAUUGAAAGAAAUGGCAAGUUCCAGUCCUGCGUAUAUGGAGAUAAAGGAAGGAGACCUACCAACAAGAUUAAAGUUAGUGAAUGACUCAGUCCCCUUUGACAGUCCUUUGUUGAUUGCUUAUGCCACCAGAUUGUAUGAAACAUUUGGAGAAUCUGCUCUUCGGUCCUUAAUUAGGUUUUACCCAUCUAUUUUGCCUUCGGAUGUCAUGCAACUUUGUCACCAUCAUCCUGCUCAGUUUUUGGCCUACUUAGACAGUCUGGUGAAAUCAAGGCCUGAAGAUCAACGGCCAUCCUUCCUUGAGUCCCUUCUACAACCAGAAUCUUUAAGAUUGGAUUGGCUGCUUUUAGCAGUGAGCCACGAUGCUCCCCCAAGCACAAGCACUAUGGAUGAUGAAGGAAACCCCAGGCCCCAUUCACACUUGCUUUCCUGGGGUUACAAUCAGCUGCUGCUCCAUCUCAUUAAACUACCUGCAGAUUUUACAACCAAAGAGAAAAUGGCUGACAUCUGUAGGUCUCAUGGUUUCUGGCCUGGGUAUCUUACUCUUUGUUUGGAGCUGGAGAGAAGAAGAGAGGCCUUCACCAACAUUGUGUGUCUUAACGAUAUGAGCCUGAUGGAAGGGGACAAUGGUUGGAUCCCAGAGACUGUGGAGGAAUGGAAGCUUCUCCUACAUCUCGUACAGAACGAGAGUACAAAGCCAGCCCCCCAGAAGUCACAGAAUGGGAACUUCAGUGAUGGGCCUUCCCCCAUCAAUGUGGAAAAUGUGGCACUUCUGUUAGCUAAGGCCAUGGGCCCAGAUCAGGCCUGGUCAUUGCUACAGGAAUGUGGUUUGACCCUUGAGCUGUCACAGAGGUUUACUAGAACCUGCGAUAUCCUAAGGAUUGCAGAGAAAAGACAGAGAGCCUUGAUACAAAGCAUGCUUGAAAAAUGUGAUCGGUUUCUCUGGUCUCAGCAGGCCUAGUGGAAGAAGAUUCAUCACAAUGUCAUAAUAUUUUGAGAAAAACUGAGUCAUGCUCCUGAGCCUCCUGAACACAUUUGCUGUGGAAGGAAAGGUACCGCCUCAAAACCCUGCCACCUUCCUGGGAGUACUUUUGUCAGUGUCCAUAACUUCUGUAUCUGUGGCUCUGUGAACUCAGUGUUUGUCAACCAGGGUUGAAUUUUGAAAGGAAUCAGUCCUUGUUUGCUGAAUCGAAGUGUCCUGGAGUCAGAAUGUGAAAGUUCACAGCUGAAUUACAGUAUUAUUUUCCCCUUGCUAGUGAAUUGGGGGAAUUAUUUUCCUAUUGUGACUCUUCAUGUAGGAGCAGAAGUUUCUCAUCCUGCUUAUAAUGAAGACAGAUAAAGUCAUUGGCAGGAGUUGAAUUUUUUUUAUAUCUUACCUAGGAUAGUUGAGAAAUUUAUUGACAUAAGACUGGGCAUAACGGAAUUAACACAUAAAAUUACACGAAACACUGAAGAUUCAGAUUAGAUAUUUACAUGAAAUGGCCCCAUAUUUAAAUUGAGCUAAUUUAAAAAAUAUUUUUCUCCAAUAUUUGACAUUUUCUAAUCUGAACAUAUAUACAAAUGACUAAUUUAUUACCAGAAAUGUUUUAUCUCUAAUCUUUCCUAAACAGUGGUCCAAAGGAAUCAUGCACCUUUAAAAAUUAUUUUUUUUAAAGCCAUAAUAAAGGAAAGCUUAAGUACUAACAAAGACUGCAGCGAGCACUUGUGUCAUUGAAGCCAUGCACUAGAAUGCCUCCAUCAAGCUCCUGUAUGUUUGCAUAGCAUGUUACAUUAAUGAUACAUGUAAAAUCUGGUUAAGUUUUUAUUUGAAUAGAAUACGGACAUGAGGUUUAUUGUGAGCAAUUUGCAGGAAGGUGUUGGAGUAAGCUCAACGUGGAGUAAGAAAAGUGUUGGAUACUUUGAAUGAUUCGCUUCUUUUUUUCAUUCAGAACACAGCCAAAGAACUAUAGACAGAAAUUGCUGUCAUGCUUCCAUAUGAUAUUCAGAUAUCAUGUAACCAGAUGGGUUGAAGACAUUAUCAGAGAAAGGAGGCUUCACAAAGUUUCUUAGAGUUUUGGGAAGCUUGGAAAACCUAAUAAUUGUGGUCUACAGUGGGGGUGGGGGUGGAGUGUGUGUGUGUGUGUGUGUGUGUGUGUGUGUGUGUGUGUGUGUGGUGGUUCCCCUUACCAAACAAUUUCCUGACACCAGUUGGGUGUCCUACAAUGCAACCCAAUUCUGACACUAUUGACCCAAAGGCAGCAUCAGAUCCCACAGGUAAAGGGCUCAGUCCCAAAAAACUCUCCUCCACUUAGACACUAAUUCCAAGUCCAGGUUGUUAACUAUACUUCUGACCAAGAAGAAACAUUUUGUUUACUAGAUUGCCAACUUCUUAUAAAAGGAUGUAAUGUAGGAACGGCCAGAUAGAAGACACAUGUAGGGCAGGGUACGGGGAAAAGCAUAAGGAGCUUCCAUGUCUGCUCUAAGCGCCACCUUCUCCAGAUCUUAAUGUGUUCCCAAUCUAGAAGCUCUCUGAAUCAAGUUCUCUGCGUUUUUUUUAUACCUUCAUUACAGGGGCGUGAUUAAUUAAAUCAUUUGUUGUUA